AUGAAUCCAGACGAGGUACACCUUCCACCAACACAGGCAGAUGUAUCUGCUGUUGGAGCUACCAGCGCCGGAUCUUAUUCAUCGGCGAAGUCAAGGCAUAGACCCGACACAGGUGCUAUCUUAGAAGCAAUGCAGAACAUCAACACUCAGUUGCUGACUCGAAUGAAGAGGUUUGAGGAGGCUCUCCAUGCUCUUGACAAAAGAAUCCCAGCUACACCGGCCGCGGCUGAGCCAGAGCUUGCUCCGAUCAACCAAAUAGCACCUGCCACUGUUGAGCUUUGGUGCUUCCUAAAAUCCCUCCCAAUAAUUGGAAUAUUGCCGGAGGCGAGGAAGACAACAGAAAACACAGAUGGGUUUCAGAGAGAGAGAGAGCAGAUUGAAGUGGAAUGUUUGGCAUGGCAGGCAGCCUGGGAUCUGUUUAAAGAUAAGGUGGGAGAAGAGACCCUCAAUUCCCACCCCGCGAUAGGGAAGCUGGCAGAAGAUGUUUGCAAAGAAUGCGCCAGAUUGCCAUUGGUGCUGAUUACAAUUGGACGAGCCAUGGCUGCCAAAACAACUCCCCAAGAAUGGAAUUAUGCAUUAAAUGUGCUGAAGAAUUCUACAUUCAAAAUUUCAGGUAUGGAAAAUGAGGUGUUUCGCCGUUUAAAGUUCAGUUAUGAUAACUUGUGUGAUGAAACAACUCGGAUUUGCUUCCUAUAUUGUGCUCUCUAUCCAGAAGAUUGGGAUAUUGGUGUUGAGGAACUCAUAGAAUUUUGGAUAGGUGAGGGGUUUUUUGACGAUGAAUGUGAUAACAUUGAUGAGGCUUGUGAACUGGGAUAUGAAAUUAUUGGUAGGUUGAAGCGUGCAUGUUUAUUGUUGAAGAGCAAAGAAGGUUAUUCUGAUGUGAACAUGCAUGACGUGAUUCGGGACAUGGCAUUAAGUAUAGUUAAUUCGGAAAGUGGAAAGGAGAUCAAAUAUUUUGUGCAAGGAAAUCUUAAUUUGACCACAGCACCUCCUAUUUCUAAAUGGGAGAAGGCUGAACGAGUAUUUUUGUUGGUGAAUUCAAUUGAGGAAUUAAGUGAAACUCCUACAUGUCCCAAUCUCUUGACUUUAAAUCUUGCUAAGAAUUAUAAUAUGAGGACCAUAUCUGAUAGCUUCUUCCAGUUUAUGCCCGCUCUCAAAGUUUUAGACCUAUCAGGGAAUCACUGUUUAACCAAGUUACCGGCAAGUUUUUUUGGGUUGCGUUCCUUGCAACAUCUUAAUCUCACGGGUACCGGCAUAAGGCAGUUGCCAAUUGAGUUUAAGUCAUUGGUAACUUUGAAGUAUUUAUAUCUGGGUGAUCGAUGGGAAGAUGAUGAUAUAAUAAUCCGCCGCAAGUUAUAUCAGAUGAUGAUUCUGCAAAGGUUGGAGUUCGGUUCUCGUAGUGUUUUGUUAGAAGGAAUUGAUGAAGGAAGCAACUUCAAAUUGUUUCUAGAUGAAUUGGAAAGCUUGAAUCACCUGCAAUAUUUAACUUUGAUGGUGAAAACUGAAGUGGCACUCCAUAAUCUUUCAAGUUGGCGAAAAUUAGGAAGUUGCAUUGCUGGUCUAACUAUUAAAGAAUGGCAAGGCUCGAGUUCACUGCAAUUGUCUUCUCUACAAAAGAACGCAAAGAGACUAGAACGGCUUACAAUUGUAAAUUGUAGUGAUUUAGAGGAGUUGUCAAUGAGGCGGGAUCAUAUAAUAAUAGAUGCAGCAAGCAGAAGCUUCCAUAACCUUCGAAAUGUCGCGAUCCAUGAGUGCAGGGUUUUGAGGGAUCUAACAUGUCUAAUUUGGGUUCCCAAACUUCAAAAUUUGGAUAUUUUUGGAUGUGUUGCAAUGGAACAAGUAAUAAAAGAUGGGGAUUGCAGUGCUGAUGAUAUUGGUGGGGAAGGAAGUUCGAAUGUAUUCAGGGAGCUACAAACAUUGAGUCUGUUGAAUCUACCAGAGUUAAAGAGCAUCUGCAGUCAUCCAUUGCCCUUCCCCUCUCUCUUUAAAGUUGCAGUGGGUAACUGUCCGAAGCUGAACAAACUUCCAUUUGACUCCAAUAGUGGCAAAGGAACUCUACAAUCAAUUACAUGUGAGAGAGAUUGGUGGGAUAAGUUAAAAUGGGAGAAUGAAGAAACUCAGUCUGUUUUCUCUCCUCUUUUCAAACCAUGGUAAUUUUGAGGAAGAGUUGUCGUAUCUUACAGGUAUGGGAACUGCACGCGCAAGGAGACUGUUGCCUUUGGCGGACACAUCAUUGGAAGGGUUUUGCAGUUUCUUCAAGAAAUUCAAAGCUCAGACCGCCAGAUAUAUUUCUAUUGUGGUGAAGAUGCUUACAGGUGAUUGAGAAGAGCUGUAUUCGGAUUCUAUAUAUAUAUAUAUAUAUAUAUAUGAGUAUAUAUUUUGUUUAUAUUUGAUCUUAUUAGCCUUUGAUUGACAUGUUGCAUGUGGAUUUGGAGAGUGAUUUGGUUGAAUUUGAUAAUGUAUGAAUCUUCACUUAGAACUCGUAGUUAUGUCAAAUUGUCUGUACGUUAAUGAGACCUUCUAAGUUUGCAUAAUUUAUUUAUUCUAUUUUAUUUGGGUA